GCUCCGCCCGCCCCGUCCCACAUGACACCGCCUCCGCCGCAAACUUUUUCCUCCCCAUCCUGUCGCGGCUCGAAAGGAAUGGAAAAUGGCGGCCUAGGCGCGGAGUUUCCUGGCGGAGCAGCGGCGGCGGCCAUCGCGGCGGCCCGGGGCGCAGGGGCCCGGGGGCGCCAUGACGCGCUGGGUGCCCACCAAGCGGGAGGAGAAGUACGGCGUGGCUUUUUAUAACUAUGAUGCCAGGGGAGCAGACGAGCUCUCGUUACAGAUAGGGGACACUGUGCACAUCUUGGAAACAUACGAAGGGUGGUACAGAGGUUAUACCUUAAGAAAAAAGUCUAAGAAGGGUAUAUUUCCUGCUUCAUAUAUUCAUCUUAAAGAAGCUAUAGUGGAAGGAAAAGGGCAACAUGAAACAGUCAUUCCGGGUGACCUGCCACUCAUACAGGAGGCCACCACGACACUCCGCGAGUGGUCCACCAUCUGGAGGCAGCUCUACGUGCAAGAUAACAGGGAGAUGUUUCGAAGUGUGCAGCACAUGAUCUACGAUCUCAUCGAGUGGCGAUCGCAGAUUCUUUCUGGAACCCUGCCCCAGGAUGAACUCAAAGAACUGAAGAAGAAGGUCACUGCUAAAAUUGAUUAUGGAAACAGAAUUCUUGAUUUGGACUUGGUGGUGAGAGAUGAAGAUGGGAACAUUUUGGACCCGGAACUAACGAGCACGAUUAGUCUCUUCAGAGCUCAUGAAGUAGCUUCUAAACAAGUAGAGGAAAGAUUACAAGAAGAAAAAUCUCAAAAGCAGAACAUAGAUAUUAACAGACAAGCUAAGUUUGCUGCCACCCCUUCUCUGGCCUUGUUUGUCAACCUCAAGAAUGUGGUUUGUAAAAUCGGAGAAGAUGCUGAAGUGCUCAUGUCUCUCUAUGAUCCUGCGGAGUCCAAAUUCAUCAGUGAAAACUACCUGGUUCGUUGGUCAAGUUCAGGAUUGCCCAAAGACAUAGACAGAUUACAUAAUUUGCGAGCUGUUUUUACUGACCUCGGGAGCAAAGACCUGAAGAGGGAGAAAAUCAGUUUUGUUUGUCAGAUCGUCCGUGUGGGUCGCAUGGAGCUGAGGGACAACAGCACCAGGAAACUGACCUCGGGCUUACGGCGACCGUUCGGAGCGGCCGUGAUGGAUGUAACAGAUAUAAUCAAUGGAAAAGUAGACGAUGAAGAUAAACAGCACUUCAUUCCCUUUCAGCCGCUCGCGUUGGAUGACGCCAUUCGACACAAGCCGCUGAACAUGUCAUCCCGUUUUUCACCCAGGGUGGCAGGGGAGAAUGACUUCCUUCAGACUGUUAUAAACAAAGUCAUUGCUGCCAAAGAAGUCAACCACAAGGGCCAGGGUUUGUGGGUAACAUUGAAAUUGCUUCCUGGAGAUAUCCAUCAAAUUAGAAAAGAGUUUCCUCAUUUAGUGGACAGGACCACAGCUGUGGCUCGGAAAACGGGGUUUCCGGAGAUAAUCAUGCCUGGUGAUGUUCGAAAUGAUAUCUAUGUAACAUUAGUUCAAGGAGAUUUUGAUAAAGGAAGCAAAACCACAGCGAAGAAUGUUGAGGUCACAGUGUCGGUGUAUGACGAAGAUGGAAAACGACUGGAGCACGUGAUUUUCCCGGGUGCUGGUGAUGAAGCGAUUUCAGAGUACAAGUCCGUGAUUUACUACCAAGUAAAACAGCCACGCUGGUUUGAGACCGUUAAGGUGGCCAUUCCCAUUGAGGAUGUUAACCGCAGUCACCUUCGGUUUACCUUCCGUCACAGAUCAUCACAGGACUCCAAGGAUAAAUCUGAGAAGAUAUUUGCACUAGCAUUUGUAAAACUGAUGAGAUAUGACGGGACCACUUUGAGGGACGGAGAGCACGAUCUGAUCGUCUAUAAGGCCGAAGCGAGGAAGCUGGAAGAUGCCGGGACGUACCUGAGCCUGCCGUCCACGAAAGCAGAGUUAGAGGAAAAGGGGCACCUGGCGAUGGGGAAGAGCAUGCAGAGUCUCGGGAGCUGCACCAUCAGCAAAGAUUCCUUCCAGAUCUCCACUCUCGUGUGUUCCACCAAGCUUACCCAGAACGUGGACCUCCUGGGCCUGCUGAAGUGGCGUUCGCACACCAGCCUGCUGCAGCAGAACCUGCGGCAGUUGAUGAAGGUGGACGGUGGCGAAGUGGUGAAGUUCCUCCAGGACACCUUGGAUGCCCUCUUCAACAUCAUGAUGGAGAACUCUGAGAGCGAGACUUUUGAUACAUUAGUGUUUGAUGCUCUGGUAUUUAUCAUUGGACUAAUUGCUGAUAGAAAAUUUCAACAUUUUAAUCCUGUUUUAGAGACCUACAUUAAGAAACACUUUAGUGCAACUUUAGCCUACACGAAGCUGACCAAAGUGUUAAGAAACUAUGUGGACAAUGCCGAGAAGCCGGGCGUCAGCGACCAGCUGUAUAAGGCCAUGAAAGCGCUGGAGUACAUCUUCAAGUUCAUCGUGCGCUCCCGGAUACUGUUCAACCAGGAAGCUGCUCUGGUUGCUGAGCCACGGCGGGAGGUGAACUUGGAGGGCGUGGCAGUGACGAUGGAGGAGAGAAGGCGGCCCGAUGAGGUCCUAGAAACUGUAGAAAUGGAGAAGAGUGGGUUGGGGGAAGAGGAGGCCUCCGACGUGAGGCUGUGCCCUGAGCCGAGGGGCGCAGGGAGGGAGGGUGGCCGUCUCAUCUGCGGGACAGCUGCGAACGGCACGCGGUGGCCGCCAGAGGUGGGUGUGAAGUUCAGGAGAAAGGGGGCGGCACUGAAGUACUUGCCAACGAUUGUCAACGAUGUGAAACUGGUGUUUGAUCCCAAGGAGCUCAGAUGUCAGUUUCACAUUCUGGGCAAUGUAAACGUCACAGUGCUUGAAGACAGAGUGGCAUACUGCAGAGAGAUCCUGCUUCCUAUGGUGACGGAUCAGCUCAAGUACCAUCUGGAGAGACAGGAAGACCUGGAGGCCUGCUGCCACCUGCUCAGUGACAUCCUGGAGGUUCUGUACAGGAAGGACGUGGGGCCAACACAGAGGCACGUCCAGAUAAUCAUGGAGAAACUCCUCCGGACAGUGAACCGGACCGUCAUUUCCAUGGGUCGAGAUUCCGAACUCAUUGGGAACUUCGUGGCUUGUAUGACAGCGAUUUUACGACAAAUGGAAGAUUAUCAUUAUGCUCAUUUGAUCAAGACUUUUGGGAAAAUGAGGACUGAUGUUGUGGACUUCCUGAUGGAAACAUUCAUCAUGUUUAAGAACCUCAUCGGGAAGAAUGUCUACCCUUUCGACUGGGUGAUAAUGAACAUGGUGCAGAAUAAAGUCUUCCUGCGAGCAAUUAAUCAGUAUGCAGAUAUGCUGAACAAAAAAUUUCUGGAUCAAGCCAGCUUUGAGCUACAGCUGUGGAACAACUACUUUCACCUGGCUGUGGCUUUUCUCACACAAGAGUCCUUGCAACUGGAGAAUUUUUCAAGUGCUAAGAGAGCCAAAAUCCUUAACAAGUAUGGAGAUAUGAGGAGACAGAUUGGUUUCGAAAUCCGAGACAUGUGGUACAACCUUGGUCAACACAAGAUAAAGUUCAUUCCAGAAAUGGUUGGUCCAAUAUUAGAAAUGACACUGAUCCCUGAGACGGAGCUGCGCAAAGCUACCCUCCCCAUCUUCUUUGAUAUGAUGCAGUGCGAAUUCCACUCCACCCGAAGCUUCCAGAUGUUUGAAAAUGAGAUCAUCACCAAGCUGGAUCAUGAAGUGGAAGGAGGCAGAGGAGACGAGCAGUACAAGGUGUUAUUUGAUAAAAUCCUCCUGGAACACUGCAGGAAGCACAAAUACCUCGCCAAAACGGGAGAAACUUUUGUAAAACUUGUGGUGCGCCUGAUGGAAAGACUUUUGGAUUAUAGAACCAUCAUGCAUGAUGAGAAUAAAGAAAACAGGAUGAGCUGUACUGUCAACGUGCUGAAUUUCUACAAAGAAAUUGAAAGAGAAGAAAUGUAUAUAAGGUAUUUGUACAAGCUGUGUGACCUGCACAAGGAGUGUGAUAACUACACUGAAGCCGCUUACACUCUCCUUCUCCACGCAAAGCUUCUGAAGUGGUCGGAGGAUGUGUGCGUGGCCCACCUCACCCAGCGGGACGGGUACCAGGCAACAACUCAAGGACAGCUGAAAGAGCAGCUCUACCAAGAAAUCAUCCACUACUUCGACAAAGGCAAGAUGUGGGAAGAGGCCAUUGCUCUGGGCAAGGAACUUGCUGAACAGUAUGAAAAUGAAAUGUUUGAUUAUGAACAACUCAGUGAAUUGCUGAAAAAACAGGCUCAAUUUUAUGAAAACAUUGUCAAAGUGGUAAGACCCAAGCCUGACUAUUUCGCUGUUGGCUACUAUGGACAAGGGUUCCCCACGUUCCUUCGGGGCAAAGUUUUCAUUUACCGAGGAAAAGAGUAUGAACGCCGGGAAGACUUUGAAGCUCGGCUUUUAACUCAGUUUCCCAACGCCGAGAAAAUGAAGACGACGUCUCCGCCAGGCGACGAGAUUAAAACCUCUCCCGGCCAGUAUAUUCAGUGCUUCACGGUAAAGCCCAAACUCGAUUUGCCCCCGAAAUUCCACAGGCCUGUGUCAGAGCAGAUUGUAAGUUUUUACAGGGUGAACGAAGUGCAGCGAUUUGAAUAUUCUCGGCCAAUCCGCAAGGGAGAGAAAAACCCAGACAAUGAAUUUGCGAAUAUGUGGAUUGAGAGAACCAUAUACACAACUGCAUAUAAAUUACCUGGGAUUUUAAGGUGGUUUGAAGUCAAGUCUGUUUUCAUGGUGGAGAUCAGCCCCCUGGAGAACGCCAUCGAGACCAUGCAGCUGACCAACGACAGGAUGGCUAGCAUGGUGCAGCAGCACCUGGAUGACCCCGGCCUGCCCAUCAACCCCCUGUCCAUGCUCCUGAGCGGUAUCGUGGACCCUGCCGUCAUGGGCGGCUUCGCAAACUACGAAAAGGCCUUCUUUACAGAGCGGUACCUGCAGGAGCACCCUGAGGCCCACGAUAAGAUUGAGAAGCUCAAGGACCUGAUUGCCUGGCAGAUUCCGUUUUUGGCCGAAGGGAUCAGGAUUCAUGGAGACAAAGUUACUGAAGCUUUGAGGCCGUUUCAUGAGAGAAUGGAAGCCUGUUUCAAACAGCUAAGGGAAAAAGUAGAAAAGCAGUAUGGUGUGCGAAUCAUGCCCUCAAGUCUGGAUGACAGAAGGGGCAGCCGUCCCCGGUCCAUGGUCCGGUCCUUCACGAUGCCUGCCUCCCCCCGGCCCCUGUCUGUGGCAUCUGUCUCAUCCCUGUCAUCCGACAGCACCCCUUCUAGGCCGGGCUCUGAUGGGUUUGCUCUGGAGCCUCUCCUGCCAAAGAAAAUGCACUCCAGGUCCCAGGACAGGCUGGACAAGGACGACCUAGAGAAGGAGAAGAAGGAGAAGAAGAAGGAAAAAAGGAACAGCAAACAUCAGGAGAUAUUCGAUAAGGAAUUCAAACCCAGCGAUGUUCCCCUGCAGCAGUCCGAGGCCGUGAUCCUCUCAGAAACGAUAAGUCCCCUGCGGCCCCAGAGACCAAAAAGCCAGGUGAUCAACGUCAUCAGCAGUGAAAGGCGUUUCUCAGUGUCCCCAUCCCCGUCCUCCCAGACGACGCCCCCUCCGGUCACGCCGAGGGCCAAGCUCAGCUUCAGUCUGCAGCCCAGUCUGGAGCUGAAUGGCAUGCCCGGGAUGGACGUGGCCGAGGUCCCGCCUCCUCUGCCUCUCAAAGGCAGCAUGGCAGACUACGGGAAACUGAUGGAGAACCAGGACUUGAUGGGCUCACCGGUGCCCCCACCCCCUCCUCCCCACCAGAGGCAUCUGCCGCCUCCGCUGCCCAGCAAGACACCACCUCCUCCCCCGCCAAAGACAACGCGCAAGCAGACGUCAGUGGACUCUGGGAUUGUGCAGUGAGAGCAGCAGGGCCUCCUCGAAAGAGCGAGCUGGCAUCUUUCCCCCACCUCCAGACCUUCUUCGUGUCCGGCGUCUGUUUGCCUUAUCAGGCCUGUGGUGUCUGACAUGUCGUGCAGUUGCUUUUCCUUAGCAGGAGGUCAUUUUCAGCCACGGAGUGAGUGGCCUUUCACAUGGGAGCCAGGUGAACACAGGUCUGGAAAAUACUGUUGUGGGACUCCUGGGGAUGUCCUUCCUAAGAGAGCCCAAGUCUUGCUCCAAAGUCCUUUCUGUGCCAAAUGACACAUUAGCAAAGAGCAUGGUUGACCUGAGUGUAGCCUCGUGGGAAAGGUCAGAGAGACCACCGUGUGCAAGGAACCGUAUAGUAACUGAGCUUAGCAAUCUUCUCUGCUCUCCGGGCCAGACCCUCUGUUUUAUCAGACCCUCCUCACUACGACUGGUGGUGUGACUUCGCUGGUUCAGUGUAUCUUCAGCCUACAUCAGACAAUCGAGGUCAGCGCUUUCAGGGAAGUUCCUCAUUCCCUUUGGUAUUUCUCAGCUACUGAACAGUUACUAAUUUAUGGAGUGGAAGCACCAUUAAAAAUACUGGAUCAAGUGAAAAAAUAAAUAUGAGUAUAGGAAGAUACAUUUUCUUUCUUUUUAAAAAAAGACUAUGUAUACCACAGGAGAUGGUUUUAAUUGCGUGAGUUCUUUUUGUCCUCAUUCUGUACAGAAGUUUGUAUAUAUGAUGGUUCUUAGAACGUGUUCUAAUUCUUGUGGGCCUUCUGUUUAUUGUAAUAGACGUACGCAAAUGAUUCUCGAUAUGUGUUCUUAGUUUUUAACUACUGGAAGUGUAAAGAAAUGCAAAUUAAGUUUUGUGGGGUUUUUUUUUUUUCAAAACUCAAGUUGAUGGACAAUGAUUUUUUAAAAACUAACUUUGUAUAACCUAAUAUUUUUAUUCUGUCAUCUAUAUUUUUUUAUUCACUGUCAUCAUGAUACUCUUCUAGUAGGCUCAAAAGUUAAUCAUUGACAACAAAAAAAUAAAAGGCUAUUUAAAAAGG